CUCAAAAACACCAAUCUCAAGACUCUACUACUAUGAGGUGUUUUUCCGUUACAUAAUUUGUAGUUUUGCAAGUUAGGUUUGGUUAGUAUUACAUGACAGAAUCAGAUACACAAAGACAUAUAUAAAAUAAAUUUAUCUCUGAAGUGAAUUUAUAUCCUUUUUGAAAAAUAGGAUAUAAUGUUCAAUCUGUCUUAACCGUCUACGUUUCUUCUCGUUUUGAGAUAGUAACCAGUCACUUAUGUCAAGUGUCAACUACAGUGUUUCAGAUUUAAGCGUGGCUUGCAUUGCAACUUCCUAAAUUUCUCACCAGUCACUUCACUUCAGUCUUCUUUCAUGAUUCACACAAUCCAUGCUUCUACCCUACUGAAUUUUCACACUAGUCUUGUCUAGCAGUCGGCUUUUCUUCCAUUUUCUAGUUUUCAUACUCAAAUUUGAUCCUCUAUCACAUUCUCGAUCUUAUUCCCAAGACUAUAAAACUUAGCUUCACCGUUUUCGCUCUUAUCUCGGCAAGAGAAAUGGGAUCCAGUUCUUUCCCACAGCCUAACUCAAAUUGGUCAGAACAGAAAAACAAGUUGUUCGAAAAUGCUCUUGCAAUAUAUGACAAGGAUAGCCCAGAUCGUUGGCGAAACAUAGCCGGGUUUGUCGGAGAAACAACAGAAGAGGAAGUGAAGAAGCAGUAUGAGAUCCUUCUAGACGAUAUCAAGAGAAUCGAGUCAGACCAAGUGCCACUGCCAAAUUACAAGAAUCAUGAAGAAAGCAUCAAGGAAAACAGCAACAUGAGCAUUGAAGGGGAUAGGCUGCAGCAACUGAAGCUCUAAUGAAGAAUGGUCUCAGCUGUAGAGACGGCAAUUUUUCCUUGAUUCAUCAUCACCCUUAAACUUUUUUCCUUUCAAGUAUAAUAAAUUCUAAACAUAUAUAUAUGUACCAAAGAUGAAACAUUAGCAUUUUCUCCCUUGUAUUGAUUUUCUUUUCUCCUUAACUAGUCAUCAAUAUGUGAAA